AUGACGCUCAUGCUUCCAGAGCAAGAAGAUAUGAUGGGCCACUUUGCGGACCCUGUGUCUUUUAUUAACGCAUAUACACAUGUUUAUGAGAAGCAGAAGGGUGUUCCUGUGAAGAUUGGUUUGCAGGACAUUCUUUACUAUGAAUGGUUUGAGCAAGCAUUGCUUGAGAUGGUGCUUGAGCGAGUGUUUUCUAAGGAUGGCGGUGAGCCAAGAGUUGUUGAAGCUGAAGAUGCACUUGAAUCAUUCAGACAGCACAGAUUUUUUGACGAGGAGUUUUAUAAUGUGGCGACUUUAGUUAUAAUCAAAGGAGUGGCUAUGCUUCUUGAUAGGAUUGAUCAAGAGGUUUGCCAACGAAGCUUUGUGAAUGUAAGGUAUUUGUAUUUUUACACAAUUAUGCCUGUUGACCUUACUCGGAUACUGAUUGAACCAUGCCUUGAAUGCAUUGAACAACCAAAAGUGCUGAUGCAAACGAUGCUUGAAGUUAAGAAAAGCGUAGAAGAUGUGAAUAUGCAACUCAAUGAGGUGGAUGUAUCUUUUCUUGCAGAUGAUGCAAGAUUAAGCUGCAGAAUAAAUCUGUCAGAUGUACUUCUUGGACCUGCAAGAAUCAAACACUACAGCCUAAACAAUAUCUAUGGAUCUGUCUUUGAUUUGGUUCUUGUGAGAGCAGCAGGAAUGACUUCAGAGAACGCAUAUUUAUAUGUGAUGGAGGUUUAUAGCGAAUAUAUUACUUUUGAAAUCGGACCUGAGGAGUUGGUAGAAUGCCUUAAAGAGUAUUUGAAUAAACUAAUGACGGGAUACUGA